AUGGGACGAGCCUGGUUGCGUGGCAUCGAAACAUAUGCCGGAAAGCCAGAGUUCCGUCAAGCGCGCUCGCAAUUCAUGGUAUGCAAGCUGGAUGACCAGGUCACUGCCAUCUUCUCUGACAGGAGGGAAGAAACAUCUGUCCAUGGCCUCAGCAUGAUGACCACCAUGCCGCACAGCGGUUUCGAGCGGCCGACACGAUCUCCUCCUCCCACCAGCUUGAUCUGGCCUCCGCUCAAGUACGAGACUAUUGCUCAGCCACUUCACACCAGCUUCUAUGCUUUGAGCGCCCGGGAAAUGCAGCAUGAAACCUCACAUCACGAAGAAUCGCGCGACGCAGUGUUCGAUCUCGUAGACCCGCAGCACGAGGGCUCUCACGACAACUGGUCUCACAAAGGCGAGUCUCAUUGCGAAAACCCUCACCACGAGGAAUCGAAUACCGCGACAACAUCACAUCACGUGCACGUGCAGAACGAAGAGAUGCAGGAGGAAGAAUUGCAGCGUGCGGAUUCGCGGUCAGGGCGCGCGGACGAGGCAGACGGCGAGCAGGACAGCGACAGCGACAGCAGCACGCCAGAGCCGGAACCCCAAGAAGUCACGGUAGAUGGAGCCAUCGACACAGCACCACUCUUCAACGCUCGGGUCUGCUUGAUGAACCUUGCCCAUACAUUCCCAGAAGCGCACAACCUCAUCAAAGAGUACCUCACUCUACCCAUCCCAGGCUCCGACGAUAAGAGGCAGAAGGCCUUCGAGUACUGCGGCCACUGCGGCAGUGACUACCCGGUCGCCCAAAACGAAGUCGGAGAGUGCUGCUACCACGACGGAAAGUUGGAACAAAAACCAUACGCUGAUGCUGUGAUCCGGUCGCAGCUUAUUUGGAGCGACGCGGCUUACCGGAGAGGCUUCCGUACCCAUCUGGUUGACGAUAAGAAGUAUUGGACUUGCUGUCAACAAGAAGCGUCCGAAACCGGCUGCAUUGAAGACAAACACACCCCAGAGAGCCAGUGCGAAGAGAAGCAUGUACGCACCUGCGCAGAAGGAUGUGUGAACUUCGAGUGUCCGAUGGCCGUGAAGAAAGCCUGA